GCUAGAGGAGCAGGUGGCUGCCGUGAGGCCCUCUGCCAAGCUUCCUGUGUGUGGGGGCCUUGCUGGCUGCUCCUUCCCGCCCUAGCUCGUUAGGCCAUCCGGGCCUGGCCAAUUCUAUGGCCCAGAACCCCGACGAAAUAUCCAGUGAGCUCCGAGGUGAGAUCACCAGAUUCCUGUGGCCCAAGGAGGUGGAGCUGCUGCUUAAAACCUGGCUACCUCAGCAGGGUGCUGAGCAAAGUCAUGUCUUGGCCCUGCUGAGAUGGAGGGCCUACCUGCUGCACACUUGCCUCCCACUGAGGGUGGACUGUACAUUCAGCUAUCUGGAAGUCCAGGCCAUGGUGCUUCAGGAGACACCUCCACAGGUUACUUUUGAGCUAGAGUCCCUACCUGACCUGGUCUUGGAGUUUCCUGGUGUGGCUGCUGUGGAACAGCUGGCCCAACAUGUAGCUGCUGCUAUCAAAAAAGCCUUCCCUCACUCGACCCUUGGGAAGCUUUUCCGAAAGCCCACGCCCCCUUCAAUGCUGGCUCGGCUGGAGAGAAGCAAUUCCUCAGAGCUCACAGCACCCAGCAGUCCCUGCGGUGGCUUCUUGAAGACAUAUGAGGCUCUGUGUGACUACAAUGGCUUCCCUUUCCAAGAGGAGAUUCAGUGGGAUAUAGACACCAUCUACCAUCGUCAGGGCUGCCGCCAUUUCUGCCUGGGAGAUUUCAGCCACCUUAGCAGCCGGGAUCUGGCUUUGAGUGUGGCUGCCCUGUCCUACAAUCGAUGGUUCCGGCGCCUUUCCUGUGUGGACAUGAAGCUGAGCCUCGAGGUCUCAGAACAGAUUCUGCACAUGAUGAGUCAGUCGUCCCACCUGGAGGAGUUGGUGCUGGAAACCUGUGGACUGAGAGGAGAUUUUGUCCGGAGACUGGCUCAGAUAUUGACAAGACACUCCAACUCUGGGUUGCGGGAGCUUAGCCUGGCUGGAAAUCUGCUGGAUGACAGAGGUAUGGCUGCACUUAGCAGACACCUAGUAUGUCGUCCAGGAGCUUUGAGGAAACUCAACCUAGCACAGACAGGGUUGACUCCACGAGGAAUGCGGGCUCUGGGCCAGGCACUGGCCACCAAUGCUGCCUUUGACUCUACCUUGACCCACCUGGACAUUUCUGGGAAUCCUGGGGCUCUGGGAGCCUCUGAGGACAGUGGGGGUCUCUAUAGUUUCCUGAGCCAUCCUAAUGUUCUGGCGUUCCUGAAUCUUGCGGGAACUGACACCGCUUUGGACAUGCUCUUUGCCGCACUGUCCUGUGGCUGUUGUGCCAGCCUCACCCACCUGGACGCUUCAAGGAACAUCUUCUCCCGCAUGAAGUCCUGGGCCCAGCCUGCUGCGCUGAAGCUUUUCCUCAGCCAGGCAGGGAUGCUUCGGCACCUGAGCCUGGCAGGCUGCAAGUUGCCUUCUGAUGCACUCAGGGCCCUGUUAGAUGGCCUCGCACUCAACACACACAUCUGCAACCUACACUUGGACCUCAGUGCUUGUGAGCUGCGUUCAGCGGGUGCCCAGGUGAUACAAGACUUAGUGUGCGACGCAGGUGCAGUGAGUUCCUUGGAUCUGGCGGAUAAUGGUUUCGGCUCAGACAUGGUGACUCUGGUGCUCGCCAUUGGGAGGAGUCGGUCCCUGAAACAUGUAGCACUUGGAAGGAACUUCAACGUCCGGUGCAAGGAGACCUUAGAUGACGUCCUGCACCGGAUCGUCCAGCUUAUGCAGGAUGAUGACUGUCCUCUGCAAUCCCUAUCUGUGGCUGAGUCACGGCUGAAGCUGGGCGCCAGCGUCCUGCUCCAGGCUCUGGGCACCAAUCCGAACUUGACAGCUCUGGAUAUCAGUGGCAACGCCAUGGGGGAUGCAGGAGCCAAGAUGCUAGCCAAAGCACUGCGAGUCAACACUAGGCUCCGGUCUGUGAUCUGGGACCGGAACCACACAUCUGCUGUGGGCCUGCUGGAUGUGGCUCAGGCCCUGGAACAGAACCACAGCCUGAAGUCCAUGCCUCUGCCACUGAUGGACGUGACCCAGGCACAGCGCAGCCGCCCAGAAUUGACAGCACGUGCAGUAAAUCAAAUCCAAGCCUGCCUCUUGAGGAACAACCGCACAGACCCUGUCUCCUCAAAUCGUACAUCCCACCUUGAACCUUUAGGUCUGGUCUCCGACCGAUUAGAACAGGAAGUGAAUGAAUUGUGUCAGUCGGUUCAGGAGCAUGUGGAGCUGCUGGGCUGUGGGGCUGGGCCCCAGGGUGAAGCUGCCGUGCGCCAAGCUGAGGAUGCCAUUCAGAAUGCCAACUUCUCUCUCAGCAUUCUUCCAAUUUUAUAUGAGGCUGGGAGUUCCCCAAGCCAUCACUGGCAGCUCCAGCAAAAGCUGGACAGCCUCCUGGAACAGGUGGGUGAGAUCUGCUGUCAGGACAUCCAGAACUUCACUCAGGCCACACUGGACACAACCAAGAGCCUCUGCUCACGGAUGCUACAGGAACCCGGCUGGAGAGAGCAGCUAGAAAAGGUCCUGGUGGCCUCAAGUGGCCUCCCAGAACUGCUUCCAGAGCAACUUCUACAAGAUGCCUUCACCAGGCUCAAGGACAUGAGGCUGUCCAUCACAGGGACCCUGGCAGAGAGCAUUGUGGCUCAGGCUCUGGUGGGUCUGAGUGCAGCCCGGGAUCAACUGGUGGAAAGCCUGGCUAAGCAAGCACCAGUAACGAUGCCCCCUACCCAGCCGGCGGUGAGUGGAGAGCUUAGCCCCUUUGGGCCUGGGGAAUUGGAAGGUCUUUUUUUCCUGGAGAAGAAGGAAGAGGAAGAAAGGAAGGACGACAGUCCCUCUGGGAAAAGGCCUGAGGCCAGCCACUGUCUUCACCUAGUCCCUUUCCUCCACAGUAAGUCGGGGCCCCUGGGAAGUUUACCUAAAUGGGCAGAAGCUCCUCUAGACCUGGGCACGGUUAGACACUCAUUUGGCCUGUCCCGGGUACUCCCUAAACUCUUGCGUGGGCCAGGCCGGGCAAGACCCGAUGCAACUGGCAAAGCUGGGGUCUGCUGCGGUCAGCAUCCGGUGGUACCUGACCCCGGGACGCGCAUGCUUGGCGCCCACCACCACCGCCCGCCGCCGGGGGGCCCCCAGGUGCCCCCAGCCCUGCCUCAAGAAGGGAAUGGGCUCAGUGCCCGUGUGGAUGAAGGUGUGGAGGAAUUCUUCUCCAAAAGGUUGAUCCAGCAGGAUUCCCUCUGGGCCCCUGAGGAAGACCCAGCCACUGAAGGGGGUGCCACUCCUGUUCCCCGAACACUUCGCAAGAAGCUGGGCACCCUUUUUGCCUUUAAGAAGCCUCGUUCAACAAGGGGUCCACGACCUGAUCUAGAGACCAGCCCUGGGGCAGCUGCUCGUGCCAGAAAAACCACACUCGGGGACUUGCUGCGGCCACCACCCCGUCCUGGCCGUGGUGAUGAGUCUGGAGGAGCCGAGGGGGGCACCAGCAGUCCUGACCCCGCCCGUAGGAGCCGGCCCCGCUACACACGAGAAAGCAAGGCCUAUUCCAUGAUUCUACUGCCUGCUGAAGAGGAAGCAGCAACACUGGGUGCCAGACCUGACAGGCGGCGGCCCCUCGAGCGAGGAGACACAGAACUGGCCCCAUCCUUCGAACAGCGGGUACAAGUGAUGCUGCAGAGGAUCGGUGUAAGCCGGGGCAGCGGGGGCACCGAAGGCAAGAGGAAGCAAAGCAAAGAUGGUGAAAUCAAGAAAGCUGGCUCAGAUGGUGACAUUAUGGACAGUUCCACGGAGACUCCUCCCAUCUCAAUCAAGUCUCGCACUCACUCUGUGUCUGCUGACUCCUCAUGCAGACCUGGCCCAGGGGGCCAUGGGCCUGAGUCUACCACCUGGAAGACACUGGGGCAGCAACUGAACGCAGAGCUCAGAGGCCGAGGUUGGGGCCAACAGGAUGGUCCAGGUCCCCCUUCUCCUUGUCCUAGCCCAAGCCCCCGAAGAGGCAGCCCCUCUCCAGACAUCCUGGGCCUCCCAGAGGACCCUUGCUUGGGCUCCAGGAAUGAAGAUGGCCAGUUGAGGCCACGGCCUCUCUCAGCAGGGCGACGAGCAGUGUCUGUGCAUGAGGACCAGCUCCAGGCCCCUGCUGAACGGCCCCUGCGGCUGCAGCGCUCCCCAGUCCUCAAGCGCAGGCCGAAACUUGAGGCACCCCCAUCCCCAAGCCUAGGAUCUGGUCUUGGAACCGAGCCUCUGCUCCCACAGCCCACAGAGCCCUCAAGCCCUGAGCGGAGCCCACCCUCCCCAGCCACAGACCAAAGAGGCGGCGGCCCCAAUCCCUGAUCCUUUCCUGCCGCAUGAGAUUAUUUUAUUAAAAAAUUUGAAGGAAACAGAGCGCAGGGAGCACUG